AUGAAUAUAUUUUCGAUGUUACAAUCACUUGUUAUUAUGGGUUUAAUAACUCCAAAUGAAGCUAUUAAUAUGUUACAUAAACGAUCUGAUGUUUCUUCAAUCAGCCUUGCAAAAAAUAAUUCUUCAUCAAUAUCAGCUUCUAAUUUUCAAAUAACAUUCUUCAUUACAUCAACAACAUUUGUACAACAAUCACAAACAAAUUCAAAUAUAACUGGUAGUUUACCUUUAUCACGUACUGAUGAAGAAAAAGCUCAUUUACCAGUUGAUCAGCGAGCGAGUAUCACACUAUUAAAAAAACAAAUGCAGCAAGGUGAAAUGGUUUCAUCACAAUACUCAUUUAUUUAUUUAUAUUCUUUAAUAUUGGUCGAUUUUGUUUUCUAUGUAUAA